GCGGCCCUCCAGCCCGCCGCCCGCCCGGCUGCAGCUCCCGGCGUCCCCUGCACUCUCUGCUGCCCGCCGCCGGCCCCUCCUUCUUCUCGUUCCAGUGCCACCGAGCCGGAGCCCGAGCCGCCGCCGCCGCAGCAACCUCAGCCGCGGGCACUAUGGCAUCUGGAGUUACAGUGAAUGAUGAAGUCAUCAAAGUUUUUAAUGAUAUGAAAGUAAGAAAAUCUUCUACCCAGGAGGAGAUCAAAAAAAGAAAGAAAGCAGUUCUCUUCUGUUUAAGCGAUGACAAAAGACAAAUAAUUGUAGAGGAAGCAAAGCAGAUCUUGGUGGGUGACAUUGGUGAUACUGUAGAGGACCCCUACACAUCUUUUGUGAAGUUGCUACCUCUGAAUGAUUGCCGAUAUGCUUUGUACGAUGCCACAUACGAAACAAAAGAGUCUAAGAAAGAAGACCUAGUAUUUAUAUUCUGGGCUCCUGAAAGUGCACCGUUAAAAAGCAAGAUGAUUUAUGCUAGCUCUAAAGAUGCCAUUAAAAAGAAAUUUACAGGUAUUAAACAUGAGUGGCAAGUAAAUGGCUUGGACGAUAUUAAGGACCGCUCGACACUGGGAGAGAAACUGGGAGGCAGUGUUGUAGUUUCCCUGGAAGGAAAGCCACUGUAAAAUAAUAGCCAAGUGCCAUUUGAUCUUAAGGGGCUUACAUUUAUUUCUCCAGCUCAGUCCACUGGAAUUGUAUUAGGUUUUGUUUUUUGUUUAUUCCCUUUCCACUGGUCCCGUUCAACACAAUGAAUGAGUGAAUAUAAGAAGCCUGUCAGUGAUCGCCAUUAGACUGUUUCAUAUGGUUACUUUCUGUAGAUCCCAAGGAAUGCCUUCCCGUCCUAUUUUAGCCAAAACAACUGGUUCCAUGCCUUCCUUGCGUGAGCACUACAACGGAUGUCGUUGUCAGCGUGAAUAGCUUAGAGUACUACAGAGGGUGAGCUAAUUGAAUGCCUUGAAAGUAUUCUCCACUGGUCAUAUGGGAAACUUGUUUCAGUAUUAUUUAUAGUCGAGCUGCACUUGAUCACAGUUCUCUGCGGCACUGGAGCAGUCACACACCUCACCCGCCUUGGCUCGCCUAUUGUGACAUGGCAGCACAGGUUAAACACUAUUGGUUAAAAGCACUUUUAUUUUGUAAUGCGUUUAGUCCCUUAUAAAGAAUGCCAAUUAAGUUUCAUUACCUGUCUUCAAUUUAUCCUAGUAUCUCAGUGUUCAUUCUUCUUACCUGCAUAUUUUCUUCAAAGGAAUAGCUGUGUUGAUGUCUUUGGAUUCCCAAUGAGUGUACACUACUGUAUAAUUAUAGGAGUUUUAUGUUUACCAUAUGAGUCUUGAAACACUACAGAUAUUUUGAAUAUCAGUCAUGAUGGCAAUUUCUGUAUAAAAGAGCCUUAAAUGGAACAUUGUUUUGAGAUCAAACUCCCUGCCCUCAUAAAAGUGGCCACGUUGCAAUAAAAAUUGUGGCAGAUUACAGAAUGUUGCCUUGUUUUCCUUGGAAAUUUUGCAAAUUAUUAUGUGAAAGUUUAGGGUAAAUGGUGACUAAGCUCUGCACUGGUAUUUGGAAUUUUUUUCCUUUAAUCUUUGGUUUAAAAAUAUCUUAAAAUCACUUAUAUACAAUCAUUAAAAGAGUGGUACUUUUAUAAAUGUUUAUGUUACAAUAUGGAGAUCAAAAUUUUUCUGCACUUUGGCAUACUCCACUUAAUUUGUUCUCUAGAUAAAUUAGGAGAUUAAUUCAGAGUUACGUUAUAAAUAAUUGAGUCGGAUGAAUAGGAUGUUUUAUUACUUGGUCAUAAUGAAAAUAAUUUGUAAAAUGUCAUUCAAAGGUUUAAUGAUGAUUGUGAUAUUUAGGAAAGUCUGUUUCAGCCACAAUUCCUUAAUAUCUUUUCCAAAUUGAAUUGGAGGAGAAAAUAGUAUAGCCGUCUUAAACAUUAGUAAUGGGAUUUGGCUGUGGUCCCGAGCGUUCUCCUCCUUAUAGAGAACUUGAUCUGCUCAGUGUGCGCUCUUUGCUAUUAGCCAGAGCUAUUUAUGGCAAACACAUGCUUUUGUAUCUUGUCAUAGUCAUCCACAGAUGGCAAAACUGGACUUGAUUCUACCGGUAUGCAAGGCAGGCGUGCUAGUGAGCACUCGUUUGUGGCUCUGGACUCCAUUGCCGUAGCCUGUGGAGUGCUUUUAUCAGAAUAUAGGAAAUGAAAUGUCCUUUUUUAAAAUAUGUGGAAGUAAUUUGGGUGUAAUUAAUUUUUUUCUUUUUGAAAGUUUUUUUCUUCAGAUGAGAACAUUAACAUAGCGGUUAAAUGUCUAGGCUUCCAUUUAAAACUACACAACUGAACGUGGGAUCUUUUUAGCACUAAGCAAUUUUAUUUCAGCCUUUCAGCUGUCGCUGUGAGUUGUUCCAGACCUUUCUGUGGCUUUUUGGUAAGGCUGCUAAUAAGCAAAGCAUGAGAAUGGUGUGUGCUAAACCAUAUGUUUAAACUGAUCUUCGCACCAAAGGACUUUUUCACCAAGUUAUUUUGUUAUUCUUCCAAAUAUUAAGAGGUUUUUAAAAAGUAAAGGAGUGACCUUUUUUUUUAUAGCUGAUUUCUCAAUUUCUUUAUAUGCUUUUUUAGAAUAAUUUCAAAGAUUAAGUGCUGCUUUAAACUAUUAUACUUUGAGUUUUAGAUUGGCCAAAUACAUUAAUGUAGUUAAAUUCAUCUUUAAAGUACACAUAUGUGCCUAGAGCCAAAAAAAAAAUAAUGAUUUAAUUUAUGAUCUUAUGUUGAGACUAAUUUGACAUCUUAUUUUACAGUCAUUUACAGUGAAACAAUGUUCCAGUUAGCUUUAAAAGCUAUACGGUGCUAAUUAGUAAAAUAUUAAGGGCAAUAUUUUACUGCUAGCUUGCAAAAUUUUAAGUGUUUUAAAAAUAAAAUACAUGAAAAUAUU